AUGGACUUUGAGUCCUCUGGAGCUCAAGAAUGGAAGCUACCCGGAUAUGGAAAACGUGGUUCGACAUCCCCCCGAGGAAAGUUUGAGACCGGAGCUUCUCAAAACCAUGAGUCGGCUCCCAAGCAUCUUUCCCAGAACCAGCCUUUGAGACAACCAAUCCCUACUGCCCCAGCGACUAGAGGAACCAGCCCCAGCACCCCAGGUCGCUUUAGGGGCACAACAAGGCUGCUAAGAGCACGCGGGAGCUUCCGUGGUAAAAUCGGUUACUCGCACACAGCCUCUCCCCAGCCGAACCUUUUCAAGGACUCCCCUUCCAAGUCCAAAUGGAGAGGUGGAUUUGAACCUACAGAUCUUAUCAAGCUACCCGCGCCUUUUGGAACGUUCAAGAAUGAGUUUUUCGGCGUGGCAAGGUCUACCGAUUCUAUCAGAAAACCUCCGGCGCUACAAGGCCGCCACGAAGUCUUCAAAGAGAUCUGCCGGCGAACUGGGGCUUUCAUCAAGCCGCCUUUGUACACCGAUAGUGUCAUCCACCUAUGGGGCGAGUCGUCACAGGUUUUGGCAGCAAAGGACAUCAUUCAAAGCAUAAUUACAAAAUGCAAUUACUAUCACAAGAAGAAGCUGGAGUGGAGCAAGAUCAGGGCACAUAUGGUCAAUAAGGAGGUAGGGAUUGAGCUCAUGGAAAGACACGAUGCCGUCUGUCAGGCAUUACGAAAGGCACCCGAUUCCUUCUCAGUAUUCCCGGAGCAGAUGCUCUUCCUGUGGCCCAAAGAUGGUCCUUCGAUCAAUGAUUCUCUUGGUCCGGAACUCGAGGCCCUUGACUACAUACGAGCCAAGUUCAACUGCUAUGUGUUCGUUCCCAAGGAUCUGCCAGAUCACAUUUGUGCUUUAGGGCAUGAUCUGGAGACCAUGAAACAGAUCGUCCGUUGUCUUAGAACGAAGUGGACCGAGGUUGUUGCAAACUCUAAUGUGAAAGCGAAGCUCUACAUUGUCGAGCCGCCGACUGCUAUGAAGAGUAAGAUCGUCGUCAAGAAAGAUACACUCUUCGCGAAGGCGCUGCUUUGUGGAACUUCACUCAUUGGAUCCGAGGCGGAGAAGUGGCACAAUCUCGCGAAUUUGAUUGAGUCGAAGAAUGAUGCCCGAAUCCUGAGCGCGGUUGAGAGAUGUCUUAAGAGCGUGGUCGCCAUACGUGGCCAUCUGCGUAUGCGCGUCAAUCUCGGUUCGUUCGUGCUUGAUGAGUACCGCGUUCCAGCAGACGAUAAACGGGCCUAUGGCUUCGAGGAGUUUCGAGAGAUGCUAUUGCAUGAGCAGACAAAGGGGCGCCUGGUGCCAGGUCUAAAGAUUCAUAAGGACGAGCUCCUUGCGAGAUGUUAUAAGGCCAUCACACUCCUUCAGCCGUACAAUAACCCAUCUAUGUCGCUGGAGUCCCCUGAGCCUGCAUUUUCGGUGAACUUCGAGUUCAUGGGCAUCAAUAAUUCUAUGCUUCGACUGGAGGCAGAGUUUACUAGAAGUGCUGGCGCGACUGACUACGAAAUCACACAACGACGAUGGCUCAAGGCCCGUCAAGGAGGCCAAUCCAGCGACAAGCGUCCACCGCUGCAGAUAGGUGUUAUUGACUUCGAAAGGUCUGACUGGCAGCUCGAGCUAAAGUCCCUCGAGUUCUACGAAGCUUCCUCCAUUGAUGCUGCCUUGAGGGACUUUUCCCAUACCAUCAAGUUCCAACGAACGGCUAACAUGGACGAUAUUUCGGCCACACCGGAGAGGAAGGUAUUAUUUUCUGCCUCCGCGCCAGUGGCCCGAUUCAUCGAGAAAACCGCCAUUCGCUAUCAGCUCAAAGGUACAAAUUGUAUCCUGGAGAUUGCUCGCUACGAUGAAUACUGCCGCGCCAACUUGCCGGCAGCCCCGGGCGUGCUUUCAACCUACAUGGGCCCAUUUGCUCCGGUUCCUAAUACAUCUUGGGGAGCAUCGUUGUUCGACCCUCGUUGGGAUAACCUUUUGGGUGAGCACGCCAACCUGCCCAUUGGGCAGACGGUGAAGUAUCACCCAAAAACGAACACAUUCUUCCCAUCCGGGAGACCGGCGGGUGGCGGAGAGAAGUGCAAAGGGUUCUGGGGGCUUGUCCGCAAGGUGAAGCAAGUUGCGGAGCUGAUGGGCCCUGGCCGGGUGUCUGGAGGCAAGAAGCCGACGACCGGCCAGGGCUCAUCGAGCGAAUCGUCGCCGGUGAUCGGCACAACCGAUCUCGGCGGGCUGCUCAACGCAGACCUUGGGACUCUGUUCUAA